UGCCCCAACAUUCGCAGCCGCAGUUGAAUAAGACAGCCAGAAUAUUCGCAAAUCUCUCAUGUUUCUUUUGUCACGUGCAAGUAAAAUAAUCGUUGUUUAUUAAAUGUUUCGCCGAGCAAUUACCGUUUUGGCACGACCUGCUUUUCUAGAUGUGUCAGAGAUACGUCUUUGUAGAAAUAUACACGGGCGAAAUUUGGGCUUCUUUGGUGAGAGGGGUCGACAUGAGUUAUCAUCAUCCUCAUUUGCGAUGAUGAGGAAAGGAUUUCAACCAUCCUCACCCCGCACAUUGGUAAACUUGACAUCUGCGCGACCUUUCGCAACCAAUCUGGUCCAACCCGUUCCAGUCCCUGUACAGGAAGAUUUCUUGGAGAUUGAUGCCAAAACUGGGAAAAAACGGGCCAAACGGAGGUCACAGGUCACAGACCCGAAGAUCGACUUGCAUCAUUCCUUUCCUGUUUUUGCCUAUGCUACGUGUGAAGAGUUGGAUCUCGAACGGCUCCAUGGCGGACUGAUAGCAGACGACUUAUACAUUCCAAAUGUACUCUCGGACGACAUGGAUGAUGUUAUCCAUGCUUCGGCUAAGUAUAAGAUAAGUGAUGAACCCAGAGAGAUAUUCUUCUUUCGAGAUGGUGCCAUCGUAUUCUGGAACAUGCCGAGUACCGAGUGUAUGAAUGUUUUAAAAUUCUUGAAGCCAUACGAGCAUGAAAGUUACGACCCUGACCAAGUCACUGAGGAAGUUGAGUAUAUGCGAUACAACUAUCACGACCAAGGGCAAACUCGCCUAUCGAAAGGAAGAAUCGUCCUUCAUAUAGAUUCUGCUAACCAAAUACUGGAAAAGUAUGCCUUCGCCAAUGCAAUGGCAUCUUCGGUGAAGUUAGGAAUUUGGGAAUCUGCUCUGGACAACUUUGUGGACAGUAUCGCCGAAAUUACAGAGGUGCUGAAAAGAGCCGAAAAAUUGGAACUAUCUCGCGAAGAAGUUUUACAAAAGACUGGCGAACUCUACUCCUUGCGACACGAGCUCAACUUAAAUUCUGACCUGCUGGAUACGCCCGACUUUUACUGGGAGCGUGAACGGUUGGAAAAUCUCUACCAAAAAACCUGCAAUUACCUCAACAUGAAUCGUAGGACGAAAGUUCUCAACGAAAAGAUGACCCAAUGUUCCGAACUUCUUGAACUUAUCUCGACCCAUUUGACUGACCGGCAUCACACUCGUCUUGAGUGGAUGAUCAUCCUCUUGAUCAUGGUGGAAGUCGGAUUUGAAAUUUUACACGCUGCCGAGCGCUACAUCAUGUAAAUCAAGUUAUAAACUCAAUAAAUAAUCACAACCGUCCA